GACGGCAGCGGCGGCCCCGAGCUCCGGGCCCCAGGACCGCCCCGCGCCGCCGCCUCGCCCGCGCCGCCCGGGCCACCGGGAGCGCCCACUCCCAUGGCCGAGCAGCAGAUCAGCCUGCCGGCCAAGCUCCUCAAUGGCGGCAUCGCGGGGCUCAUCGGCGUCACCUGCGUGUUCCCCAUCGACCUGGCCAAGACGCGGCUGCAGAACCAGCAGAACGGCCAGCGCCUGUACAGCAGCAUGUCCGACUGCCUCAUCAAGACCAUCCGCUCCGAGGGCUACUUCGGCAUGUACCGCGGAGCCGCUGUGAACCUGACCCUUGUCACCCCAGAGAAGGCCAUCAAGCUGGCAGCCAAUGACUUCUUCCGAUACCAGCUCUCCAAGGACGGGGCAGCCAGCAGCCCCCUGAGCGGCGGGGCUUCCGCUUCCGCAGCUCGGCCCCCACCCCUUCCCCGCAGGCAGAAGCUGACCUUGUUUAAGGAGAUGCUGGCUGGCUGUGGGGCCGGCACCUGCCAGGUGAUCGUGACCACCCCCAUGGAGAUGCUGAAGAUCCAGCUUCAGGACGCAGGCCGCAUUGCUGCCCAGAAGAAGAUUCAGGCCCAGCUAUCUGCCCAAGGGGGCGCCCAGCCCGCCAUGGAGGCCCCGGCCGCCCCCCGGCCCACAGCUACCCAGCUAACCCGGGACCUGCUUCGGAGCCGGGGCAUUGCCGGCCUCUACAAGGGCCUGGGGGCCACGCUGCUCAGGGACGUCCCCUUCUCCAUCGUCUACUUCCCCCUCUUUGCCAACCUGAACCAGCUGGGCCGUCCCGCAUCUGGGGAGAAGUCUCCCUUCUAUGUGUCCUUCUUGGCUGGCUGUGUGGCUGGGAGCGCGGCCGCCGUGGCCGUCAACCCCUGUGACGUGGUGAAGACGAGGCUCCAGUCGCUGCAGCGCGGUGUCAACGAGGACACGUACACGGGGUUCCUGGACUGCGCCAGGAAGAUCCUGAGGCACGAGGGCCCCGCGGCUUUCCUGAAGGGCGCCUACUGCCGCGCCCUGGUCAUCGCGCCGCUAUUCGGCAUCGCUCAAGUGGUCUACUUCCUGGGCAUCGCCGAGAGCCUGCUGGGGCUGCUGCCUGGGCCCCAGCUCUGAGCCCAGCGGCCACCCACGCCCUCCAGCCCAGCGGGACCAGAGUGGGGGCCGGAGCCCAGUGGCCGCCCAGGACUGAGCAGAGGAAGUCUCUCCCCAGCCUUUCCACGCGGGUGGGGGGAAGCGGAGGAAGGGAGCAGGGUCCACAUGGGUGGUGCACCCGGGCCCCUGAGGGGCCCUGCCUGUGCCACCACUGGGAGCAAUGUCUUAUUUAUGUAGAAAAUGCAGAAACCUUUACAUUCCUGGAGCCAGCCCCGCCACGGCUCCGCCCCGGCCUGAACAGCCCCAGGGACAGAGCUGGUCUCUGGGCUGGGGCCCCCAGGCCUGGGCUGAGCCAGCGGACCCUACACUCCAGUCUACCAGCUCUCGUCCCCGAGGCUUGGCCCCUAGUCCACAAAGGGGGCCCUGCACAAACCUAUUUAUUGCCGAGCACAAGUGCUCUGUCCAUCCCUGUGUCCAUCCGUCCAGCCUCUCCCUGCCGCUGCCCCUCUCACCUUGGCCAGCCUUGCGGGAGGAUUGGGGUCUCCAGCCCCCCAUUAUUGAGCCAGGAGUCCGAGCGGGGGGUCACACUGAGGUCUGACCCCUCCAGGCAAGCCCCCCCCCUCCGUGGGAUCCAGCAUCCCUCCUGGUGGGCCUCUACCCCCGCCGCAGGCUAGGGACCCGUAGCGUGUGAGGUCUGUGUGCAUGUGUAAAUGUCUGGGGAGCAGGUUGUGUCCAGCAACCCUCAACUGACCUGGCCCUUCAGAGGUGGGGCUGUGUGCGGUGGGGGGGCACUGCUGGCCUUACCCACACAGCGGGCAAUGUGUGUGUGUUUGUGCUGUGUGCGCCCUAGGCUCCCCUCUGACCCCAUCCAGGAACUUAUUUUUCCAGCCUGGUUCUUGCUGCACCUUGGCAGACCCCUCUCCUGAGACCCCCUGACCUUGGGUCCAGGAUUGGCCAGUAGGGAGGGCAGGCAUGAGGACCAGUAUGGAGCCUGGGGGUACCUACCCCCUCCGCCCUGCCAGGGCCCACCGUACUCUCUGGGCCUCUGCAGAAGGGCUCUGACCACACUCCGUAAACUCUGCCCUCCCUCCCGGGACCCGCCCUCGUUUGUGGAUGUUGUGAGCCAAAGCAGGCCUGCCCCCUGCCCCCUGCCCCCUGCCCCCCAACCCCCCACCCCCACCCCAGGCCACGUGAUUGUAUCGGUGAUUGAUCCUGAUGUGCUGGUGCUGUGUACCCCACCUGGGCUCCGUCCUCCUCGGAGGCCCCUUCCGGUGACACUACCUGGGGCUCGGGCCCGGCCCCGCAGUUCACGGUUGUUCCUGGGAGCGUCCUCUCCCACCACAUCUGUACCUUGGAAGCUGCUGCUGCUGCUUACAGAAUUAUAUUUUUUCUUUUGAAGAGUUUUAAGAAGUUGUAACUUUUUGUGUCUUGUCUUGUGAGAAGAUAAAUAAAUAUUCUAAGUAGA